AUGGCAGUUGCGCUCAGAUUCCAGGCUGUUGCCCGUCGAUCGGGCUUGUCCUGGGGUAACAAUGCCCUGCGGCGUACAGUGCCAGGACGGAGCUAUUCUACCCCAGCUUCAGCUGAUGGCUCACUGCCUUUGGCGGGUAUUCGCGUUCUUGAUAUGACCCGCGUUUUGGCUGGUCCUUAUUGUACCCAAAUUCUGGGUGAUCUAGGAGCGGAUGUCAUCAAGGUCGAACAUCCUACACGCGGUGAUGAUACCCGAGCAUGGGGUCCUCCGUAUGCGGAGUACGAAGACGCUUCCAAGAAGGGGCCUGGCGAGAGUGCCUACUACCUAUCUGUCAACCGAAACAAAAAGUCCAUUGGUCUAUCUUUCCAACACAAGUCAGGCGUUGAGAUUCUACACAAGCUCGCAAAGGAAUGUGAUGUCCUCGUUGAGAACUACCUCCCUGGAGGUCUCAAGAAAUAUGGCAUGGACUACGACACAUUGAAAGAAAUCAACCCCAAGUUGAUCUACGCUAGUAUCACUGGAUAUGGCCAGACAGGUCCAUACAGCAACCGCGCAGGCUACGACGUCAUGGUGGAAGCCGAGAUGGGAUUGAUGCACAUCACAGGUGCUCGGGAUGGUCCUCCAGUGAAGGUCGGUGUUGCCGUCACUGAUCUGACCACCGGAUUGUACACAUCAAAUGCCAUUAUGGCAGCCCUGAUUUCUCGAGGUCGCACUGGCAGAGGCCAGCAUAUCGACGCUUGCUUGAGUGAUUGCCAGGUCGCUACACUAUCCAACUUGGCUAGCUCAGCGCUUAUCAGUGGAAAGAAGGAUUCCGGCCGUUGGGGCACAGCACACCCAUCCAUUGUCCCCUACCGAAGCUACAAGACCCAAGACGGAGAUAUUCUUUUCGGUGGCGGUAAUGAUAGACUCUUCGGCGUCUUGUGUGACCGACUCGGCUUCCCUGAGUGGCAGACCGACCCGCGAUUCAUCACCAACAGUGACCGAGUGCAGCACCGCACAGAAAUCGAUGGCAUGAUUGAGAGCACUACUGUUCAGAAGACCACACAGGAAUGGCUCGAGAUCUUCGAGGGUAGCGGUAUGCCCUAUGCAGCUGUCAAUGACAUUCAGGGCACGCUGAACCACAAGCAUGUACUGGCACGAAACAUGGUGACGGAGGUUGACCACCCUGCAUGCGGUCCUAUCAAGCUGGUCAACACGCCGAUCAAGUACUCCGAAGCCAAGCCCGGUGUGCGCAUGCCUCCUCCUACUCUCGGUCAGCACACAGAUGAGAUCUUGGGCAGUGUCCUCGACUAUGGGGAUGCAGAUAUUGCCCGUCUGAAGGCUGAGGGGGUCAUCUCCUGA